AUGAUGGGCGUGACUGCGUGGUCGGGGUCAGCGGCAGCUGGUCUGCUUUGGUGCCUCCUGUUGGCAGGCACCAGGGUGCCGACAGGCUCCGCUGGGAGCAUACGGCUGACGGAGUGUCCCGCGGACGCGCCAGAGGCCACGUUUAGCUGGGAGAACGACGGAGACUACCUGUACGUGGAAGGGGACGGCUCUUGCGUGACGCUGCCGGACAUUUACAACGGAGUCGACAACCCUCCGCUUACUUAUCAUACGGUCGAUGGGGAUGAGAGCGACACGGAGACAGGGUGA